GCUUGAUUGAGAUUAGCUGAGACGAUGGACGGGAAGAUGUAGAGUUUGGAUACGUGCAGAACAACGAAACUGCAAGUUUCGACGCGAGGAGAGUUUACACUGACGACGAAAUUGAUAGUCACGUCUUCGCCGCGAUGUCAAUUGCAAGUUUUGACGAGGUGAGAUCAGCUGAGACGACGGGCCGGGAAGAUAUGGAGUUUGGAGGCUUACAGGACAACGAUAUUGCAAAUCUCGCCGCGAUGUCAAUUGCAAGUUCCGACGGCAGGAGAUCAGCGGAGACGAUGGACCGGGAACAUCUGGAGUUCGAAGAAGUGCCGGACACCAUAAUUGCAAGUUUUGCUGACAUUGUAAGGGACAACGCGAUGAGAGAUGACGACGAAUCUACAAAUCUCAAUUGGGGAUCCGAGGACACUCACUUCAGUUUGGACCUCGACUACGACUACAUCGAAUCCCUGUUCCUCGAAUACUCGGACCGUCCUGACACCCUCGACUCCCUGCUCCUCGAAUACUCGAGCCGUAUCAAUUUAUCGAUGACAAAAUAUCAAACCGUAACAAUUCAUCGAUGACACAAUAUCAGUUAUGAAGGUUCUUUGAACCGAAGCAUAUAGCUUCGCCCUUCAUAACUAAUAGGGCGUUCGCGGCGUUAAAGCUACACUCGCCGCCAGACGCCCAGAUCGAGAGGCACGCCCGUCGUUUGCAGUAGUUCCAGCGCUAUGGUGUGUGAUGGACGAACUGAAGGUCGUUUGCAGUUGUUCAUGUCUGAAUGCCGUUCGCAGUAGUUCACGAGAAAUUUGCAACUGUAAAUUUCUUCAAUGUUUUUGAAAUCGGGAUAGUGUAGGAUAGUGUAGUAUAGUGUAGAAAUCGGGAUAGUGUAGUAUAGUGGAGAAGAGAAUAGUGUAGAGAAAUCAGAAUAAAGCAAGGGGCCAGAAUUUUGUUUGUGUAAUGCAGCC